GCUUUAAACCACAAAUCAGCUGCUCAUUGUGGCUGUGAGGUGGACGUGUGAGGCUGAGUGGAUCCAAAACGAUGAGAAACCCACCAGUUCUUCACAGAUAUCAUCAGUAAUGAACAGGAAACGGGCCCUGGUUUCAGACACUUUCAUGGUGAAAAAAAGAAAAAAUGGCACAGAGACAUUUGGAGCUUUGGAGGGAGAGGGUUCAGGAUCACCUGAUGUCAAAUCCAGCCUGGAGUACCUCAUGACGCUGUUUCCCAGAAAGCUCUUUAAUGACGCUUUGCCACAAAUUGUACUCAAGCAUCAGCUGUACAGCAUCCAUAACGACAAGACUCUGGUGGACAAGGAGGUGAACAAACUGCGUGAAGAAGGAGCCCUGCUGAUGUUCCAGCUGGGGUUUGACACGGAGGCCUUCGGACUGAUUUUUACUUCGGACUAUAAGACCAAAGUACUGGCUGGGCAGGAGGGCAAAGCCACGCAGGCAACGGUGGAGAGGUUCUUGGAGAAAGUGGUCUCCUUCUGCACAGAUCUCAGCUUCACUAAAGACAAGAUGCUCAGAGAGUUCCUCUUCACAGACUCUGAGAUAACGCAGCUGGUGAAGUCCGGGGUGCUGACGGUGAGGGACGCCGGCAGCUGGUGGCUUUCCAUCCCCAACUCUGGCAAAUUCACAAAGUACUUCAUAAAAGGUCGUAAAGCGGUGCUCGGCAUGGUGAAGAAGUCCAAAUAUAGUGAAGUCCUGAAGGCAGAGAUAGAAGAACGGAAAACAAACUCACAAGUGAAAUUCCACAUGAAAUACCACAUCCACGAUAUCGUCGGUGCAGAGCUGGUAGAAAGCAUACCUACAACUUCUGGGACGUUGCUGCGAUUUGUGGAUUCCUGAGUUGCAUUGAGGCGAACGUCAGCCAGAAAGUGCCCGAAGAUGAGAUAAGACAAGAUGGACAGAGAUUGAGAGAAGUAUCUGUGUGACGACCUGGCGAUCUCAAUGUGAAACCUGAGUUACUCUGGCUUCUGUGCCAAAUGUUACAAAAUCCUUGUGGGUUGAUGAAUUGUCAAUUUUUUUGACACGACUAUGUGAGGUUUUUGUUAAAACUGUAAUAAAAAUGUUAAGUGUUU